UUCUUUUGUUCGUCGCCUUGCCCAAGGACUCGAACUGAAGAGAAAGUCCUUGGAUCGAUUCGAUCGUUUCUACGUUGCAUUCUUCAUCGCCGAUUUGUUGAGUUUCCGGUCUACCGUUUUCCGGCAAUGACUCUCAUGACUCCUCCUCCAGUUGAACAGCCUGAAGACGAGGAGAUGCUUGUUCCUAAUUCGGAUUUUCCUGUGGAAGGUCCGCAGCCUAUGGAAGUUGCGACUGCGGAUACAGCUAGUACAGUGGAGGGUCCACAAGUGGAUGAUCCGCCAUCUGGUAGGUUUGCGUGGACGAUAGAGAACUUUUCGAGGUUGAAUGUGAAGAAGCUAUACUCGGAAGUUUUCAAUGUGGGAGGAUAUAAAUGGAGGAUAUUGAUAUUCCCUAAAGGGAACAAUGCGGACCAAUUGUCAUUGUAUUUGGAUGUUGCCGAUUCACCGUCAUUGCCUUAUGGAUGGAGUAGAUAUGCUCAUUUUAGCUUAGGUGUGCUCAACCAAGCUCAUACCAAGUUUACAGUGAGAAAAGAUACUCAGCACCAGUUUAAUGCAAGAGAGAGUGACUGGGGUUUCACAUCCUUCAUGCCUCUUAGUGAAUUAUAUGAUCCUAGCAGAGGUUUUAUUAUGGAUGAUACAGUCGUAGUUGAAGCUGAUGUUUCUGUUCGUAAGGUUGCUGAUUACUGGUCCCAUGACUCUAAGAAGGAGACUGGUUGUGUUGGCCUUAAGAAUCAGGGAGCCACUUGUUAUAUGAACUCUCUCCUCCAAACAUUGUAUCAUAUUUCUUACUUUAGAAAGGCUGUGUAUCAUAUGCCAACAACUGAGAAUGACAAUCCAUCUGGGAGCAUCCCUUUGGCUUUGCAGAGUCUGUUCUAUAAGCUACAGUACAGUGACACUAGUGUAGCAACAAAAGAGUUGACGAAGUCCUUUGGAUGGGACUCAAAUGAUUCUUUCAUGCAGCAUGAUGUACAAGAACUUAACAGGGUUCUUUGUGAAAAACUUGAAGAUAAAAUGAAGGGAACCGUUGUAGAGGGAACAAUACAACAACUGUUCGAGGGGCAUCAUAUGAAUUAUAUUGAAUGUAUCAAUGUGGAUUACAGAUCAACAAGAAAAGAAUCUUUUUAUGACUUGCAGCUUGACGUCAAAGGGUGUCGUGAUGUCUAUGCUUCUUUUGACAAGUAUGUUGAAGUAGAACGCCUUGAGGGUGACAAUAAAUACCAUGCAGAAAAAUAUGGUUUACAGGAUGCUCGGAAAGGUGUCCUUUUUGUUGACUUCCCCCCUGUUCUUCAGCUUCAGUUAAAACGUUUUGAAUAUGAUUUUGCACGGGAUACUAUGGUCAAGAUAAAUGACAGAUAUGAGUUUCCUUUACAACUCGACCUUGAUAGAGAGAAUGGAAAAUAUUUAUCUCCAGAUGCCGAUCGAAGCGUUCGGAAUCUCUAUACUCUUCAUAGUGUUUUGGUUCACAGUGGCGGGGUCCAUGGGGGACACUAUUAUGCUUAUAUCAGACCAACACUCUCUGAUCAAUGGUUUAAAUUUGAUGAUGAGCGUGUGACAAAAGAAGAUCCAAAGAGGGCUCUGGAAGAGCAGUAUGGUGGUGAGGAGGAGUUGCCUCAUGCAAACCCUGCGUUCAACAAUUCACCAUUCAAAUUCACAAAAUAUUCAAAUGCAUAUAUGCUUGUUUAUAUUCGUGAAAGUGACAAAGAAAAGAUUAUCUGCAAUGUGGACGAAAAGGACAUUGCGGAGCAUCUCAGGGUAAGGCUAAAGAAAGAGCAAGAUGAAAAGGAGCAAAAGAGAAAGGAAAAAGCAGAGGCUCACCUUUAUACUAUCAUCAAGGUUGCUCGUGAUGAGGACCUUGGUGAACAAAUUGGGAAGGAGAUUUAUUUUGAUCUUUUGGAUCAUGACAAAGUCCGUAGUUUCCGUAUCCAAAAACAGAUGGUAUUUACGCAAUUCAAGGAGGAGGUUGCUAAGGUAUUGGGUAUACCCGUGCAAUUUCAGCGGUAUUGGCUAUGGGCAAAACGACAAAAUCACACAUAUCGGCCUAAUCGGCCAUUGACACCUCAAGAGGAAGUUCAGUCGGUUGGACAAUUGAGAGAGGUCUCUAAUAAAACAACUAACGCGGAGCUAAAACUUUAUUUGGAAGUUGAAAUUGGCCUGGAUUUGCAACCUUGUCCUCCACCUGAGAAGACCAAAGAAGAUAUUCUUCUAUUUUUCAAACUGUAUGACCCUCUAAAAGAGGAGAUAAGGUAUGUUGGGCGGCUCUUUGUAAAAGGCAGUGGUAAGCCACUGGACAUAAUGACCAAGCUAAAUGAGUUGGCUGGAAUUUCACCUGAUGAAGAGAUUGAACUCUUUGAGGAAAUAAAAUUUGAACCCAAUGUGAUGUGUGAACCUAUUGAUUGCAAUCUAACAUUUUGUAGCAGUCAGCUUGAAGAUGGGGACAUUAUUUGCUUUCAGAAACCCGUUCGAAGUCAAACUAGUGAACAAUAUCGAUUUCCUGAUGUUCCUUCAUUUUUAGAGUAUGUGCACAAUCGCCAGGUUGUUCACUUCCGCUCAUUGGACAAACCCAAGGAGGAGGAUUUUAGUCUUGAGUUGUCAAAGCUGAACAACUAUGAUGAAGUAGUAGAGAGUUUGGCUCGCCAUCUCCGCUUGGAUGACCCAUCAAAAAUAAGGCUUACAUCACAUAACUGCUACUCACAGCAGCCAAAACCUCAGCCAAUAAAGUAUCGAGGAGUGGACCGUCUUACAGAAAUGCUGGUUCACUAUAAUCAGACUUCAGACAUUUUGUAUUAUGAAGUCCUCGAUAUUCCAUUACCAGAGCUACAGUGCUUAAAAACUCUCAAAGUCGCCUUUUAUAAUGCUGCAAAAUAUGAAGUGACAAUCCAUACUAUUAGAUUGCCAAAACAAAGUACUGUAGAUGAUGUCCUUAAUCAUCUUAAGACAAAGGUUGAGUUGUCACGUCCAGAUGCUGAACUGAGGUUGCUGGAAGUUUUCUAUCACAAGAUAUAUAAGAUUUUUCCACCUACUGAAAGGAUUGAGAACAUAAAUGAUCAGUACUGGACCUUGCGUGCAGAAGAGAUCCCUGAAGAGGAGAAAAACCUGGGUCCUCUUGAUCGCUUGAUUCAUGUUUACCAUUUUACAAAGGACACAACUCAAAAUCAAGCACAGCAUGUACAAAACUUUGGCGAGCCAUUUUUUCUGGUUAUUCAUGAGGGUGAGACACUGGCUGAAGUUAAAGCGCGCAUUCAGAGAAAAUUGCAGGUUCCAGAUGAGGAGUUUUCAAAGUGGAUGUUUGCGUUUGUGUCCAUGGGCCGUCCUGACUACCUCCGGGAUUCAGAUAUUGUAUCCAUUCGUUUUCAGAGGAGAGAUGUUUAUGGUGCUUGGGAGCAGUAUCUGGGAUUAGAGCAUGCUGACAAUGGUCCUAAAAGGUCAUAUGCUUCCAACCAGAAUCGACCCGCUUUUGACAAGCCUGUUCGGAUCUACAACUAGUCUUCUAAAUGACUGAUCAAUACCUUUGAUGGAGCAUGUAAAAUCCCGCGAAGAAGCAGCACUAGGAUCAUCAGAAGAUGGCAGCUAACAGUUAAUGCAGUGAUGUCUCGGUGGUAAUUUAACUUUUGUCCUCCAAACGUGGGCAAGCAACACCAUAUUUUAUUUAAGCAGUUUUAGGUGGCUGAAAACGUUGAUUCCAUUGUAAUUUUAGGCAACGCACAUGAUUUUGGGUGGACGUAUAUAGAGGGUAUAGAUGUUUAUUUUGACAUUUCCUGUUCCUCACUUUUGGCAUUCUCAGUUCUCUCAUAAUUAUAUUGUCUGGAAAACUAAUGAUGUAGAAGAACAGAAGGCUGGGAUUUCCCAUAGUGACAUUGUUGUAGAACAGUUGAAAGGGAUAUAUCACAGUUUUUUAGUGUCUUUGUUUGCAAAAUGUCCCGACUCGUAAUAAUUGAAUUUAUCUUUUUCUAUUUAAAUUUGAA